UGCCCGCUGAACGUCUCGCGCUCUAUUUCAGAAUGCAGGUGUCUCUAGCGCUCGUGCACUGCGGCGCACGGCUGCUGUUGCUGCUGCUGCUGCUGCUUCUACAACAGGGAUGUUUCACAGCUGCGCACGGGAGGGUUUUUAAAAAUGAUGCUACAGAAAUUAUACCAGAAUACAUGGAGGACACGCAGCGACCCGAGGAGCAGAUACAACUUUCUAACAAUAACACAUUGAACAGGGCUAAGAACGGGGGAAGGAGGUCAUCAGCCAGCUCACAUACUUAUGGAGCCUCUGAACUAAGCUGUCGGGAGCUGCGUUCUACCCGCUACAUUACGGAUGGAUCUUGCCGCAGUGCCAAGCCAGUGAAAGAACUGGUGUGUUCUGGUCAAUGCCUUCCAGCUCACCUGAUGCCAAAUUCAAUUCUAAGAGGAAAAUGGUGGAGAAGCAGUUCCUCUGAUUACCGCUGCAUUCCUGCACACUCUCGCACCCAGCGGAUACAACUCCAGUGUCCAAACAGACCAAACAGGACAUACAAAAUCCGAGUGGUCACCUCUUGCAAGUGCAAACGUUACACUCGCCAUAACAACCAAUCAGAUGCCAAGGAGUUGUCGUCCCAGAAGCCACGACGCAAUAAGAAGCACACGCGCAUUCAGCAGGGACAAGGCCACAACAAUAUGCCUGCAGUCAACAGCAAUUCGUACUGAAGGGAAAGCCGUUCCUGUGUGUGAAAUUAUACAAAUCAUUCUCUCUUGCACACAUACACACAUUCAAAUACACCUAUAUUCAUGCAAACUUCCGAAACUAAAAUUCUCAGCUAUAAAAGGGAAGGAAUCAAAUAAAGGAAUAAACCCAUUAACAUCUAACAAAUUUGUUGCCCUGGCCAACAACUUUUCAAUGUAUUUCAGAUGUGUCAGUGUUUGUAUGAGCUCUUCAGCCUGAAUAGUCCCAGUAACAGAGAUGUUUAAUUACAGAAUACCAGUGGACUAAUGGACUUUUGAGUGAAAAGAGGUAUGCUGAGAGGUUAGUACAAGGAAGGAGUGUUGAUCAGUUCAUAAUAUAUUUUUGAGGAAGAAAUAUCUCCUGAGGAAAAAUUCCUAAGCAUUUCAUUUCAAGUUUGAGGUUCACUGAAAGGGUAAGCUAACUUUGACUAGGGUCAAACACGAAACACUUAACCAAUCUACUAAGUGCUGCAAAUAUGUUGCUGAUGUGAAUGUGUGUAUACCAGAUUUGUCAUCCUCUUUUGGGACUUAGUGGCAUAUAAUUUGCCUGUCCAGCGACGUUGGGUCCAAGUGACAUACUGCUGCUGACAGAUUGCUAAGGCCCAGAAUUCUUGACCGUGGUCAUUUGACCAGCUCUUGAGUCCUCUUGACAGGCUGGGGAGCUGAGCCAGUCACUGUGUGAGUUUCUACCAACUUUACAUUUCCACAAGAAACUUAUCGGAACUGGCAGUUAGAGCCGUGUUAUAGAGAGUUUGAAAAGUUGUGUCAGCCCUCCACGGUCCAAGUCUUCAUAGGUCAAGAACUGCAAACGGUAUUCCUUUGACUUGUCCUAAUUACCAAAUAGUUCAAUUUCUGUGUUUAGGAUUUGAGUCAUAAAAAGUAAUUUCCUCUAGACAUGGUCAGUUCCUGUUUGUUAGAACACCAGAAAAAAGGCCCACAUGUGUGUAAGAAUUUGCAGCAAUUCUGCCGUGUGUUACCUUGCGGCCAUAGAACUUUUCUGCACUCUCCUUCAAUGGAAACCAUUUGGAGAUAUUCAGCCAUCUGCAAUCACUAGCAGAUACUGUAUAUAAAUAGUCACAUACAUCCAUCACUGAGCUCUUCAGAGAAGACAUCAGCCUCCCUGUCUCCUCAUCUGCCUUUGUACAGGAAAGACAAGAUAAAUAAGAAUUGAAUCUAACUUUGAAAUGUUAGGCUGGAUCUUGAUAUUACACAGGAUAAAGAGAUAAGAGAAUGCCAAAUCAGACAGUUUUGUCUACACACACAUCUUGCUUCGGUCUGUUUAAUGAGGACUAUUCCAUUAAUUUUUGUAGAAUUUUCUGCUCACGACUUCCUCGCCUGUUUUCUAAACAGUGCAGACAAUGAUUGCUUAUUUUUCAAUUGUGUAUUUUAAAUAGCAACUGGAAGGGAUUUUUUUUUAAAUAAUGUAAUCAGUGUGUCCAUCAGAAGCAUUUUGUACAUAUUGUACUGUACCUGUGUGGUCUAAUUGAGCAGUAUAAAUGACAGAGUACUCAACAAAUAGAUCCACACCCUGUCCGACCAAAAGACUAACAAAGAAUGAACUGCAUAUUUAUUUUUUUAAAUUUGACAUUUAAAUUAUUUAUGCAAUCUUUUUAGCCAUUAUUGUACUAUAUGUAAUUAUAGUGAAUUUCAUUAUGAAAGAGAAAAUGAAUAAAGUUAAGCAUUGUAUA